AUGUCAAGCCGUGUUAGAAGUUCCGGCCCCAUGGCCGUCGGCCGCAACAAUUCCAACGGCAUUGAACUCGAAAUAUCGGGACCCGAGGAUCCUAGAUGUGGCGAGAUCGUGAAGAUCACUCUCAUCUUCCACGUUAGGAAGAACCUAGCCAAGCAGCACCUAGACCGUUAUUGGAACACUUACCAAGCGGCGGCUACCAUCACCCCAGUCAACGGAGACAGCGAAUUCAUUCUUCCCGCAUUUGCAUUUGAAAACCAACUCAUUGAAGCAAAUCGAGCCUCUCGCAGGGACUGGCAAAUGUACACAUUCACACUUGAGACCGACUCGGCCUUGAUUAACGAGGGUCGGUACACCAUUAACGCCAGCGUUUCGGCUUUUUAUCAGAUCAUUACCAGCGAUGGUUCUACCCCGGACGUGAACGGGGAGGAUCCCCUUAUCACAGCCGACAAGGAAGUCCACUUUACAUUCUAA